AUGCACUUGCCACGCAAGAUGCACAGCCGACCUUCACCCUCGUCUCAAAGUGCUACAUGCCUCGUGCACCACGUCUGCCUCGAAGACUUGAUUGUGGAGUUAUCUAUCUCAGAAUCUCCGUUUGUGAUGUUAGUUCCUGUGGCUCUCCUUCCCCACGAUAGCGCAUAUAUCAUCUAUACCUCUGGAACGACUGGUCGGCCCAAAGGCGUGAUCGUGAGCCACUCAAAUGUGUGCAACUUGCUUUGCCUCUCCCCGGGAAACCUAGGCAUCCGCCCCGGAACCCGAGUCUCGCAGCUGCUCAACGUCGCAUUUGGUAUGUGUGCUUGGGAGAUCCUGGGAUGUCUCAUGAACAGCAGGACACUGCACCUCCGUGGGCCCCACCAGCAGGAUUGGAUCAACGUCCUGAAGAUGGUGGAUGUCGUGAUUAGCACGCCGUCCAUCCUGGCACAGCAUGACCCAUCAGACUACCCAAACAUUCGUGUUGUUGCGACGGCGGGGGUGUGA